AAAAAAAAAAAAUGCCCUUAUACUGCAGGCUAGCAAAAUUAUAGAGAUGAAACAGAAUAAUUCUGAAGAAAACACGAAUGUUUGAAAGCUGUUAUCUUGUAUGGGUUGAUCAUAGUUCUAUUUUAUUAACAAGGGAAUCUUUGAAAAACUGUAAGCAAAUAUGGUAGUUUUAAAGUUGAAUUAUUUUUUUUUUUGGAUUGUUGUUGCUUCUGUCUUAAUGAGGAAUGAUUUUGCUCCUCUUUAAGUCUCUUGGUUCCUUAGCUCAGAUAUCCUAGAAUUUUACUGUGGUUGUAUGGCUGGGAAACUUGGGAAAGAGAAAGCAGUCAAUCCGGAGCUAUGCCUAACCAGAGUAAAAUUCCUGACAGAGAAGGGAAAUUAUUGAGACCACAAGAUUCCCCCUCCCCCCCCCCCCUUUUUUUUUAAUUUUAGAGAUGGAGUUCCACUAUGUUUUCAGGCUGGAGUUCAGUGGCUAUUCAUAGACAGGUGUGAUCAUUGAUCAUUGAUCAUUGAUCACUGAUGCCUUGAACUGCUGGACUCCAGCAAUCCUCCUCCCUCAGCCUCUGGAGUAGCUGGGACUACAUGUGCACGCCACCAUGCCCAGUGGUUUCCUUUUCGUAUUGUACAUUUUCACUAAUAGGGCAGAUCAGCUGAGGUCAGGCAUUCGAGACCAGCCUGUCCAACAUGGUGAAAUCCCGUCUCUACUAUAAAUACAAAAAUUAGCCGGGUGUGGUGGCGGGCACCUGUAGUCUCAGCUACUCUGGAGGCUGAGGCAAGAGAAUAGCUUGAAUCCGGGAGGUGGAGUUUGCAGGGAGCUGAGAUUGUGCCAGUGCACACCAGCGUGGGUGACACAGUAAGUCUCUGUUAAAAAAAAAAAAAAAAUCAAUAAAUCCAGAUGUCAACUUUGCAGCAUGAAAACUGAGUGCUGUUGGGCAAUCAACAAACUCUUUGAAUCUCAGUGUCAUCUAUAAAAUGGGGAUGAUAAUAUAAUAAUAAUGAAGUUUCUACCUGCUACAGCAAGUUGUCGUGAGGAACAAAAGGAACACGUGUGAAAUUGCCUUGUUAAUGUUAAAUUAUAGCAAAAAUAUUGGGUAUUCCACUUCUUUUUUUUUUUAUGUUGACAAAACCUUUCUUUCUUUAUUUUCUUUUUUAUUUUCUUUUUUUAUUCCACUUCUUAAUUCGAAUUUUUAAAUGUUCUAAACAGCUAACUUUUCUGUCUAUAUUUUAAACAUAUAAAAAUUAAAAAAAUAUUUCUUUGUUAAAUUUCACUUCUUUGUUUAACGUUCUGAUUUAUCGAAGGAUGAAUUAAUCCAUGUCUAUUCUCACUAAUGAAAAUGGUCUUUGAUUUAUUUAGUUUCCGAAUUCAACUGGUAACUGAACUCUUGCUUUUCGAUAACACAGUUUGAUUGGAUAAACUUUCGUUAUCCAAAUAGCUGUGCACUUAGUUACAAACUGUAGGUGAGAUAACAGCCCCAGGAUUUCAAUGUCCUGAGUACAGGCCUCAUGCCCCUCCCCCAUCACCAUUCCUGGUAAUUUAAUCUACCACGGAAAUGGGAAAGGAAUUCUUUGUCUCACUCUUUUUAAAAUUGAUACAUAAUAGUUGUACAUAUUUUGGGGGUAUGUAUUGAGUUUUGAUACAUACAUAUGAAUGUGUAAUAAUUGAACCAGGGAAUCUUACUCUUUUUUGCAUCCAAAAUGUGGUUUUCUAGAGAUAACAGUUGGCUCUCUAGAAUGUGAUAUGUUCUCAUCAGGGCCUUGCUCUUGCAAUGAAAUCAUCAAGCAAAACACACAGGUCUUGUUUUAAAAAUUGCAAGGAGUAAAGAGAGGUAAACAGCGGCCUAAAAGUAAGACCUUUGUCUUUUUCUGCUGAUUAAUUCCCUUCUUCCUCUCCCCAUAAGAGGAAAAAUCCACCUUCCCACUGAAAGUAUUCAGUGUUCACUGCUGCUCCAGUCAUACAUCUCAUAGAAAUAGGAACUCUGUGACCAUUCUUCAUGGGAUCCUUGUCAACAUUUAACCAAAUAAAUCUUUAGAUAAUGAAAAGUACUUAAAAUCCUGAAUACAGAAAUUUUUAUGUUGCAUACAAGAACCGUUUUUGAACACUUAAAAAUAUUUGGGUUCAGGACAUAUCUGGGAUCAUGAUUUUUAAAAGCACUUGCUGUCAGAUUAAAUGAGAAUAUGUUUCCAUGUUACCCUGGGAAGGGUCACAGUUUUAGGUACUGAUAUGGCAGCUUUGUUUGCUUUUGUUUUAAUAAUAAUUGUUUUCAUUAUCCAAUACUUAAUCAAUAUGAAUAUUUACAAAACAUGGAAAAUUAGAAAGUAGAGGAAGAAAGCAAUCAUUGUACAUUGCUCCUUCUUAGCUAUCAGAAGAAUAAAUGAUGAUGGAGUGCUGGUGCCCCUUAGUAUAGCAUGGAGCAGGCCUUGUCCUCAAUCCUUUUUUCCUCUUUUUAUCUUUUUCUACCAACUUUCCUCCUCACCAUUUACCUAUUUUUUCCAAUCAUCUUAUCUCUUAAAUUUUUCCUAUAUUACUCUAGUUACCUGGCUUGAAUUAUCUCAUUAAAUUUGGCAGCCUCCCUUAAAAUGAAUAAUUAACUGAGUAAUAGCAUUGGUCAUUAGUUCAUUCAUUCAUUCACUCAUCCAAGACAUAUUCAUUGUGUUCCUAUAACAUUGACAGGAAUACGUCUUGAGUUCCAUUACUGGCCAUGGGCAUACUGUCAGGCCCAGCCCAGCUCACAGAUUACAGUCAGAUAGAGUUUAGAGUAGGGAAAGGUGUGGCCAUUUAACAAAACUCAAUCCCUGAAGGAAAUGAUAGUUAAAAUGUGCUUGUAAAAGGACAAUAAUUAGCUGGGGAGAAGACAGAAUUUAUUUCUACCAGUACAUUCCCAAUUCUUUUUAAAUAUGUACCUUUUUUUCUUUCUUUCUUUUUUUUUUUUUUUUUUUUUUUUUUUUUUUUUUUUUUUUUACCUUUCUAAGCUUUUGGAGAAAGUAGAGGACCAUUUGGUUUACACUUGGAUAUUUAUCUCUUAGGUUCAGAACUCCCUUGGCUUUUACUGGACCCGUGUCCUCAGAGAGGUCAGAUCUCUGUCGGAGUUCUACGCGCUAGUAUAGUGUCAACAAUUGUGACACUAACAUUGGUGGCUUGUUGCUAACGAAGCACUGGAAAGGGGAGAAAUGUAAUCUUUUCUAAUAGGAGCUUUCCUACUACCUAGGUAUGUAACCUGGGUUAAGGCUCUUAACCAUUCUGAGCCUGAUUUUCUUUACCUGUAAAGUAACCAAGCUGGACUCAUAAUCCCUAUGGUCUUUCCCAGCCUGUAAUUCCCCAUUGCCCAGACUUUAUGUGCUGCCAUAGAUUAGUGGCCAUUCAAUGUAACAAGAGCAAAGCCUUGUGAAGAAAUUGAGUUUUUGGGAUAUCUGAUCAAAAGAGCUCCUAGGUGAAUGAGCUUGUGCUUGGGAUAGUAAUAAAAUCAACAGCAUUAUUGACUGAACUGCUAGAGUAGAGGGAUGUGGAAGAAGUGUCUUAAAGGAAGAGAAAUGGAGUACAAGCAAUUUCUCUCUCCCCUUCUUUCUGGUAAACAAUGUACAAUUGAAUUCUCUGGAGAGUCAGCAGAAUCAGUUAAAUUUCCCAAGUCUGUCUUCCUCAUCCCCAUGCAGAAAACAUCAUGGUAACUUUAAGGGGAACAUCUUUUAGUUUUCCCUUUCAUUACAUGCAGCCAAUGUAUAUGUGGCAGUAUGGCAAGCAAUUCAUAAUGUAACAUACUUGCACUUCACUUUCUUUUCUGUAUCCAGUAUCUCCCACUCCUAGUCAGAGAUGGAGGCCAAAUGAAUUACAAUGCCUUUCUCUUGCAUCUCUCUGUUCAGUUUUAAAAUUUUGUAAAAUAAUUUUUAAAGAUUUAAAAAUAAUAUAGCUAACAUUUAUGGAAGGCUCACUAAUUGUAGGAUGACAAUGAAAUGUAUUCUCCAAACGGGGGCACUAUUGAGGGUGUAAGAAGGUGCUACUGUAAAUUGUUAUGCUAGGACAACUGGCACAAGCCAAAAUUUCCUCAGCGCACGGGAUCAUAUGGUCCCCAAACUGGGGCCAGAUAUUGUGCUAAAUUGGUUUAACCUGCUUGAUCCCCAUAAGAAUUCUAUAAGAUUGUUAUAGUUAUUCCCAUUUGGUAGCUGAGGAAACUGAGAUUAAGAUGGGUGAAGCUGACUCCGGUACAAAGCCUCAUCCCUCAUAAUUAGAAUCUGAACCCAAGGCAUGUUCCAGAAUGACCUGUAAUCCCUUGCUCUAAAACCUUCUUUCAGGUCUGACAAACAUACACCUCUAAUUAAUUUGCCUUGGUUGGGGGAAGGAGACUCUUAUCAAACAUAGUCAUUUAUAAAAAGAAAUCUUAGAAGUGUGUCAGAGAGUUCAAACAUCAGAAAAAGUAUAACUCUUUAAACCUGUUUAUAUGGAUACCAGAUGUUAAUAUCUUACUUUUUUUUUUUUUACUAGUCCUUUGAAAAUUCGGACAAAAGGAUUAACACAAGCCACAGGAAAAGGGAGCUUUUAAAUUUGUAUUGAACAUCCAUAUACGUCAGGAAAAAAAUACAUUGUGCUUUUUUUUGAUGUUUUAUGAUAUAUAUAUUUUUAGACUCAAAUAUAUUAUAUGUUGAAUGGGGUGGUUAGGAUGGGUAAUUUGAUCAUUUUACUUGUAUCAAAGCAUGGAUAGCUUAUUCUGGAAUCUGUCAUGUUUGUUCCACUUCCCCCCUGCUUCUCUAUCUCCACUACCCGCCCCCACCACCUUCCUCUCAGAGUUAAGCUACCCUUUAUUUUGGACAACACUAUCACACACAUGAUUGAGUCAACAAUUUAUGGCUUUUAAAAAUAGGGAUUUUGUCCUCUCUUAGGUUUAUUGUUUAUCAUAAUCAUCUUUCAAGUGAAAAGGCUAAUUUACUCUUUCUAUAGGAAUAUUUUAAGCUUGAUUAUCAUAAUAUUACAGCUGCCUCAAAAGGUCUAAAAUGGGACAUUGACCUUGAAUGUUUUCUGCAUUUAGCUCAUGGUGCUUAACAUUCAGGAAAGAAUAUAACUGCAACUCAUUUAUUAAUGUAUAAUCUCAAAACGUUAACUAUUGCUCUGUAAAUACAUGCCAUGCAGAUUAUAGAAAGCUUGUAGGAUACUGUAAAAUGCAUUUCGUAUCUUACCAGGGUAAGUAUGAUGGAAAUACAACCUAACUAAAGUCAGUUUUCCCAUUGGAGCUACUGUAGUUUAUAAUUUAAUUUUUACUGACAUUUCACCAUGUGUAUUAUUAGUUUGACAAAAUGAAGGUGAAAUAAUCCUGAAUUAAUUAAACAGAAACUGAAUUGCCUCUAUUAGUUUCUGUCUUUCUCUGAUUCUUUUUUUUUUCCCCUCCAACUUUCACAAACAGUGGGAAAAGAGUUUAGUGUGUUAUGGAGGUGAGACAGUUGCUCCCCAGAGAAUGGGCUUUUUUUUAUAUAUAGGCUCCAUAAUUUGGGAAUGGGAUGGAUUUAUAGGACAAGAGGUUUGUCAAAAGGAAGGGUUUUUAUUAGUGCUUCUGUGGAAGCGAUCACUUUCAGCAGAAAUGAUUGCUUCUUGCCAAUCGAGACAAUAAUUUAAAUAUCAAAGCCCGUGCCCUAGAAAUGAAAGGCAACAGAAAAUGAGGAAUGAUGAAUUGAUAGAGGGCUGGUGGUAAUAUAGUGUAAAGCAGUCAUCCUGACUUCGAAAGAAGUCUGCGUGUUCUCAGUGGGAAAGGUGUGUUCUUAAGCAGGUUUAUAGCACAAAAGAAACCCCAAUUUUCAGGUGAGGAAAUGAGGGACAGAUAAGCGAGGCGACCUACCCAUGGCCACACAGCUCAUGAGGAGUAGAAGGGAGCCUGGUGCCUUGCUUCUCAUUUUAGGUUCUUUUCCCAAGGUUGUCUUUUGGAGUUAAAGAUAGUAGUUUGUAAUUGUCUUGGUUUGCUUUUUGCAGGAUGGUAUAUUAUACUAUAUAUGAUACAUUUAAAACAGCAGGGAAAAUAGUUCAAAAAGUUAAACAGCUUUUCAAAGAUUUUAUAAUCCUGAGGAAAGAUUACUAGGCAAUUUGAAAAUCUAAAUUUGUUAUGCCUUGUUUAGUUUUACAUAUUUGGUAAAUGAUGAAUGUGUAAUAUAAAAUAAAAACCUGCUUCAAAAAUGACUGAUAAACUUGAACAUUUUAAUGAAGGUUAGUCCUGUUAAUUUUCAGAAAAGAAAGGUAGGAGCUAAAAAUAGCUAUUAAUAUGCAAUAACAGCAAGACUAAGCAUUUCUCAUCACCUUCUAGCAACAUAAGAAUUCCUAGUUAGAAUGUUGCAAGAAAUGAUUCUGACUUAAAUGUAAUAAAAUGUCUGGUGUAUAUGACUAUAGGAAUCUUCCUGUUGUUUCCACUUGAGCUUUGCUUGUUUUCAUUCUGUUCUUUGAAAUAGAAAUGAAGUAUAUUCUCUGCUUGGUGACUGUGCAUUAGUUGGGGACUGAGAAUGAAUUUGUUUGGAUAUUUAUGACUGCAUUGUUUAAGGAAGAAGAGAUUGAAACUAUGCAUACACCAAGAGCCUGAUGCAUAAUAGACUGAUAUUAACUAAUUUAUUAAUAUUCUUUGUGAAACAAUCAUGAGAGAUCCUUUUGUUUGGUUCAGUUUUUCUUGAUUUGGGUAGACUCCUUGUGGUAAGAUUGUGAAGUGUAUAGACUGGGAAUAUAUGUGUAUCCUAGGCUGUUUAUCUGUUUGUUUGUUUUUUUUUUUUUCCAGAUUUUUUUUGUAAUUGAGAUUCUUGAAGGUUUAAGCUCAGUAUUACUCAUGGUGCAUUUAUUUCCCAUGAUUAUCCAUUGUUUUCUCCUGCAAGGUGAGAAAAAUCUGGGACCAGGGAAGUUUCUUGAGAUGACUGAGCUGUGUAUUUGUAAAAUAUUCUGGAAGCUGUCUCACAAGUUUAGUGAAGAGGAUUUUUAAAAAAUUUUAAAUUGGUUAAACUGGAUUCAAGACAGUAAGUACAGUCUUUAGGUCCUUGACUUGUACAGGUGACACUUUGAUCCCAAGGGGAAAAUAUCCAAGUCUACAAACCUAGUACACAUCUGGUCACUCAGAAAGCAGCGAGCUCAGUGAACACUGCACCUUGCGUAGAUGAAAUAUGGUUAGUGAAAAAUCAGUGGGGAUGACACUAUGUAUGUUUGUACAUGUAUCUCUGUGAGCACAGAAAAAUGACUUACGCAUGAGUCUAAAUAUCUUUAAAAAUAUACACCAGUGAAGUCAAAUGGAUCAUAAUGAGGGCAAAUAAGUACCCAAAGGGAAAUAAGAAAAUGAUGGGAAAUUAAAGAUCACUUGUACGACAUUUGGUGACUUGAGAUCCACCGGUAAAUACACUACAAAUCUUGUCUUUAAAAAGCCAUUUCAAAGGAGUAAUAAAGAGGUUCUGUCACAGCAUAAUGCAAAGAAACUGAACACAGUACAGGAUUCUGCACCGGUGCAAAAUCGGAAUGCAUUCUUUGAGUACAUUAAGAUGCAUUGAGUACAUUAAAUAAUUUAUAUUUUUUAAAGAAAUAUCCAUAGCCAAACCAAGAAGGAAAGUUUCUUUCUUUUUUUUUGUGUGUGUAUCUUUUUUAAAGUAUGUGCAAUUGAAUCUAUUAAUUACCCUGAGAAUUUUAGUUUAUUCAGAAAUCACGAUAGUAAUCAUAUGAAUCAAAGGAUGUUUUUCUGUCUUUGUAAUGCAGUAUUAGCUUCCAUAUUUCUUUGAGUGUAUUUUAGAAAAAUCAUGUUUCUUUUGCAAAAUGCCUGUUUUAUUUAUUUUUUAAUUGUAAAAUGAUUACGUGUCUUAUUUUAGAUUGAAUAGACAUUUUUUUUUUUCUCUCAGUGUCUGCAGAAUGCUUGGAUUUUCUUCUACAUCUCAAAGCUCUUUUAAUUCACUGCUCACAACCAAAUUUACAUCUUAAUUGCAGAGUUCACAUUUAACAAUAUAGACAGCAUAAUGCUACUGGUAAUUAAGCUUUUACUACCUGCUUUUAUACAGUAUUCUGAGGCACAGUUUUUGCUAUGUGAGUUCUGAUCUAGAAACUUUGUAUGCAUUUAGAACACAAAUAAAAGGAAUUAGGCCUAUAUCUUAGAUAUAGCUAAAUACAAGGCAGUGAAAUUGCUUUCUUCUGUGGGGGGACCAAAUCAUGUCUGUCAUUUUUAUAUUCUGAAUUUUAAUGUGGCUGCUCUAUUUUAGUGUUUUGGUUUUUUAAAGACCUAGAAAAUUUGAGAGGGUUAAGGGAGUUGAGUCCUAAUUUAGUGAAUUUAACAUACGAUGAAUAUCUGAACUAAUUUAUUUUGAUCUCAAAGAUUAUACUAUUUCUAUCAUGUAGGACUUAAGAUGUAAAAGGUUGAUAAGCAGUAGAGCUGAAUUAUAUCAAAAUUGUGGGUUUUUCACUCUCCAUAAGGUAGCAGUUAUCUCUUUGCCAUAAAUAGCUGGUAUCUAUUCCAAUGUACAUUUGCUAGUAUAAAAAAAUCCUGUAGAUUAAAAUAGGACCUAAGCAAACUCUUUGUUAUAUGGAAAUUAAAGACACGGUAUACACAAUUGAAGGAGGAAAAAACACACUUGUCCUCUUAUAUACUCCUUUUAUUUUUAUUUUUUUUGAACACUUUUGAUUGAGAAUUCUUAGUUUUGUAAAUUAUUAUCUGUUUGAAACUAGUUCUUAUAGUGACCAGACUGUGUGAUGGUUUAUAAAAUGUUUCUGGGUUGAUUUUUUUAAAGCAUAUAGGGUGCCUUAUGUAUAGAAACAAAUGUGUACACUGUGUUUUAUUUGAAAGCAGGAUGUUUUGGGUAAAAUCAUAUAUAAAAUUAUAUGCCUCCUAGUUUGGAAGCUUGUAUUGAAAUAUAUACAUAUAAUUAAGAAUACUUUUAGUGCACUGUUUAGUAAUGCUCUCCCUACAAAAAAAAAUGCUGUCUUUAUUUUGUCAAAAUGCAUUGAGAGAGAUUUAAUUCGCUAUUUACCCCCACAGCCCUCAGUCUCCCCACCCCUAAAACUGAAGAAGCCAAUUUGUCCUGCGGCUGUUUACCGUUGUUUUGAAAAGCUAUGCGUUGUAUCUGUAUGUAAAGAGACAGUCGCAGGUAUAGAAAGGUUUACACAUAUAAUUUACUUAGGCAUUCUUUCAAAUUGUAUUGUCACUAUCUCCUCUUCUGUAGUUGUGUAAAACUGCAUUCCACCUCAGAGAUGACGAUCCCAGUUCACAUGCUCAAACAAUUUAGAAGAAUGCCUUUAUUAUUAUUAUUUUUAAUGCCCAGCAUACAUCAGGAAAACAGGAAAAGACAUGAUUAGGAAUACAUGAGAAAGUACAGCACCAAAUAAGCCGCGGCCCCCGGUGUAAUAAAAACACAGACAACGGCAGGACAAACUUAAUUCUCUACCUUCCGCAGAAUCCUUUCCCAAAUUAACUGAGAGUCUGCGUGAGUUCUCCUUUUCAAGGCAAAAGAGAUCUUAGGUUAGAAAUCAAAGGCAAAUCCCUCCAGUGCUUAGAGAGUUAAGUUAGUUAUGUUUCUUUUGUAGCUUCCCAGAAGAAAAAAAAAAGAAAGAGAGAGAAGGGAGGAAAAAAAAUCAAACCCGAGAGUGUGUAUUGGGAGCGUUUCAAUCGCUCCCUUCUCCGCUCCCUUUUUCUCUGCCCACUCUCAGUUUCCAGCCCCCUUCGGCUCUCUGCACCCUGCCUACCUGCCUGGCUCCUCUCGCUCCGUGCAGCCUCCCGUCGCCUCCCUCCUGAUUGGGCAGAGGCCCCCCAAUCGGCUGCGCGGCUGGGCCGGUGGGACUGCAUAUGUAAAGCCCUACUUCAUAUUAAUAAGCUCCAAUCGGGGCUUUAAGUCCUUGAUUAGGAGAGUGUGAGAGCUUUGGUCCCAACUGGCUGUGCCUAUAGGCUUGUCACUAGGAGAACAUUUGUGUUAAUUGCACUGUGCUCUGUCAAGGAAACUUUGAUUUAUAGCUGGGGUGCACAAAUAAUGGUUGCCGGUCGCACAUGGAUUCGGUAGAACUUUGCCUUCCUGAAUCUUUUUCCCUGCACUACGAGGAAGAACUUGAAUGAGACCUGCCUCAUCAGUCAUGGGAUCAUAGUGUCACAGAUGGAAAAGCAACCAUCAGCUGAAUUGUACUGAACUACACACUUGGCUAAUUCAUCUUAUUGCUCUACACAUCUAAAGGAAGGCUCAUUCUGUUCUUGGAGUCUAGACAGCAUCAGGAGUUGGGCUCAGUGAACAAAACUUUAAUGUCUAGAGCAUUUAUGAGGGUUUUAAUGAUUGGAAAAUCUAUCCUGAGAAUGUGGUCACCAUAUGUGACAGCCUUGCUUUCUAUCUUGUCUUCAGUUUCUGGGGCUUCUCUGCAGAAUGUCAAACAAAGAUCGACACAUUGAUUCCAGCUGUUCGUCCUUCAUCAAGACGGAACCUUCCAGCCCGGCCUCCCUGACGGACAGCGUCAACCACCACAGCCCUGGUGGUUCGUCAGACGCCAGUGGGAGCUACAGUUCAACCAUGAAUGGCCAUCAGAACGGACUUGACUCGCCACCUCUCUACCCUUCUGCUCCUAUCCUGGGAGGUAGUGGGCCUGUCAGGAAACUGUAUGAUGACUGCUCCAGCACCAUUGUUGAAGAUCCCCAGACCAAGUGUGAAUACAUGCUCAACUCGAUGCCCAAGAGACUGUGUUUAGUGUGUGGUGACAUCGCUUCUGGGUACCACUAUGGGGUAGCGUCAUGUGAAGCCUGCAAGGCGUUCUUCAAGAGGACAAUUCAAGGCAAUAUAGAAUACAGCUGCCCUGCCACGAAUGAAUGUGAAAUCACAAAGCGCAGACGUAAAUCCUGCCAGGCUUGCCGCUUCAUGAAGUGUUUAAAAGUGGGCAUGCUGAAAGAAGGGGUGCGUCUUGACAGAGUACGUGGAGGUCGGCAGAAGUACAAGCGCAGAAUAGAUGCGGAGAACAGCCCAUACCUGAACCCUCAGCUGGUUCAGCCAGCCAAAAAGCCAUUGCUCUGGUCUGAUCCUGCAGAUAACAAGAUUGUCUCACAUUUGUUGGUGGCUGAACCGGAGAAGAUCUAUGCCAUGCCUGACCCUACUGUCCCCGACAGUGACAUCAAAGCCCUCACUACACUGUGUGACUUGGCCGACCGAGAGUUGGUGGUUAUCAUUGGAUGGGCGAAGCAUAUUCCAGGCUUCUCCACGCUGUCCCUGGCGGACCAGAUGAGCCUUCUGCAGAGUGCUUGGAUGGAAAUUUUGAUCCUUGGUGUCGUAUACCGGUCUCUUUCGUUUGAGGAUGAACUUGUCUAUGCAGACGAUUAUAUAAUGGACGAAGACCAGUCCAAAUUAGCAGGCCUUCUUGAUCUAAAUAAUGCUAUCCUGCAGCUGGUAAAGAAAUACAAGAGCAUGAAGCUGGAAAAAGAAGAAUUUGUCACCCUCAAAGCUAUAGCUCUUGCUAAUUCAGACUCCAUGCACAUAGAAGAUGUUGAAGCUGUUCAGAAGCUUCAGGAUGUCUUACAUGAGGCGCUGCAGGAUUAUGAAGCUGGCCAGCACAUGGAAGACCCUCGUCGAGCUGGCAAGAUGCUGAUGACACUGCCACUCCUGAGGCAGACCUCUACCAAGGCCGUGCAGCAUUUCUACAACAUCAAACUAGAAGGCAAAGUCCCCAUGCACAAACUUUUUUUGGAAAUGUUGGAGGCCAAGGUCUGACUAAAAGCUCCCUGGGCCUUCCCAUCCUUCAUGUUGAAAAAGGGAAAAGAAACCCAAGAGUGAUGUCGAAGAAACUUAGAGUUUAGUUAACAACAUCAAAAAUCAACAGACUGCACUGAUAAUUUAGCAGCAAGACUAUGAAGCAGCUUUCAGAUUCCUCCAUAGGUUCCUGAUGAGUUUCUUUCUACUUUCUCCAUCAUCUUCUUUCCUCUUUCUUCCCACAUUUCUCUUCCUCUUUAUUUUUUCUCCUUUUCUUCUUUCACCUCCCUUAUUUCUUUGCUUCUUUCAUUCCUAGUUCCCAUUCUCCUUUAUUUUCUUCCCGUCUGCCUGCCUUCUUUCUUUUCUUUGCCUGCUCUCAUUCCUCUCUUUUCUCAUCCUUCCCCUUUUUUCUAAAUUUGAAAUAGCUUCAAUUUAAAAAAAAAAAAAAUCCUCCCUUCCCCCUUUCCUUUCCCUUUCUUUCCUUUUUCCCUUUCCUUUUUCCUUUCCUUUCCUUUCCUCUUGACCUUCUUUCCAUCUUUCUUUUUCUUCCUUCUGCUGCUGAACUUUUAAAAGAGGUCUCUAACUGAAGAGAGAUGGAAGCCAGCCCUGCCAAAGGAUGGAGAUCCAUAAUAUGGAUGCCAAUGAACUUAUUGUGAACCAUACCGUCCCCAGUGACUAAGGAAUCAAAGAGAGAGAACCAACGUUCCUAAAAGUACAGUGCAACAUAUACGAAUUGACUGAGUGCAGUAUUAGAUUUCAUGGGAGCAGCCUCUAAUUAGACAACUUAAGCAACGUUGCAUCGGCUGCUUCUUAUCAUUGCUUUUCCAUCUAGAUCAGUUACAGCCAUUUGAUUCCUUAAUUGUUUUUUCAAGUCUUCCAGGUAUUUGUUAGUUUAGCUACUAUGUAACUUUUUCAGGGAAUAGUUUAAGCUUUAUUCAUUCAUGCAAUACUAAAGAGAAAUAAGAAUACUGCAAUUUUGUGCUGGCUUUGAACAAUUACGAACAAUAAUGAAGGACAAAUGAAUCCUGAAGGAAGAUUUUUAAAAAUGUUUUGUUUCUUCUUACAAAUGGAGAUUUUUUUGUACCAGCUUUACCACUUUUCAGCCAUUUAUUAAUAUGGGAAUUUAACUUACUCAAGCAAUAGUUGAAGGGAAGGUGCAUAUUAUCACGGAUGCAAUUUAUGUUGUGUGCCAGUCUGGUCCCAAACAUCAAUUUCUUAACAUGAGCUCCAGUUUACCUAAAUGUUCACUGACACAAAGGAUGAGAUUACACCUACAGUGACUCUGAGUAGUCACAUAUAUAAGCACUGCACAUGAGAUAUAGAUCCGUAGAAUUGUCAGGAGUGCACCUCUCUACUUGGGAGGUACAAUUGCCAUAUGAUUUCUAGCUGCCAUGGUGGUUAGGAAUGUGAUACCGCCUGUUCUGCAAAGUUACAGACCUUGUCUCAGAAGGAGCUGUGAGCCAGUAUUCAUUUAAGAGGCAAUAAGGCAAAUGCCAGAAUUAAAAAAAAAAAAUCAUCAAAGACAGAAAAUGCCUGACCAAAUUCUAAAACCUAAUCCAUAUAAGUUUAUUCAUUUAGGAAUGUUCGUUUAAAUUAAUCUGCAGUUUUUACCAAGAGCUAAGCCAAUAUAUGUGCUUUUCAACCAGUAUUGUCACAGCAUGAAAGUCAAGUCAGGUUCCAGACUGUUAAGAGGUGUAAUCUAAUGAAGAAAUCAAUUAGAUGCCCCGAAAUCUACAGUCGCUGAAUAACCAAUAAACAGUAACCUCCAUCAAAUGCUAUACCAAUGGACCAGUGUUAGUAGCUGCUCCCUGUACUAUGUGAACAGUCUUAUUCUAUGUACACAGAUGUAAUUAAAAUUGUAAUCCUAACAAACAAAAGAAAUGUAGUUCAGCUUUUCAAUGUUUCAUGUUUGCUGUACUUUUCUGAAUUUUAUGUUGCAUUCAAAGACUGUUGUCUUGUUCUUGUGGUGUUUGGAUUCUUGUGGUGUGUGCUUUUAGACACAGGGUAGAAUUAGAGACAAUAUUGGAUGUACAAUUCCUCAGGAGACUACAGUAGUAUAUUCUAUUCCUUACCAGUAAUAAGGUUCUUCCUAAUAAUAAUUAAGAGAUUGAAACUCCAAACAAGUAUUCAUUAUGAACAGAUACACAUCAAAAUCAUAAUAAUAUUUUCAAAACAAGGAAUAAUUUCUCUAAUGGUUUAUUAUAGAAUACCAAUGUAUAGCUUAGAAAUAAAACUUUGAAUAUUUCAAGAAUAUAGAUAAGUCUAAUUUUUAAAUGCUGUAUAUAUGGCUUUCACUCAAUCAUCUCUCAGAUGUUGUUAUUAACUCGCUCUGUGUUGUUGCAAAACUUUUUGGUGCAGAUUCGUUUCCAAAACUAUUGCUACUUUGUGUGCUUUAAACAAAAUACCUUGGAUUGAUGAAACAUCAACCCAGUGCUAGGAAUACUGUGUAUCUAUCAUUAGCUAUAUGGGACUAUAUUGUAGAUUGUGGUUUCUCAGUAGAGAAGUGACUGUAGUGUGAUUCUAGAUAAAUCAUCAUUAGCAAUUCAUUCAGAUGGUCAAUAACUUGAAAUUUAUAGCUGUGAUAGGAGUUCAGAAAUUGGCACAUCCCUUUAAAAAUAACAACAGAAAAUACAACUCCUGGGAAAAAAGGUGCUGAUUCUAUAAGAUUAUUUAUAUAUGUAAGUGUUUAAAAAGAUUAUUUUCCAGAAAGUUUGUGCAGGGUUUAAGUUGCUACUAUUCAACUACACUAUAUAUAAAUAAAAUAUAUACAAUAUAUACAUUGUUUUCACUGUAUCACAUUAAAGUACUUGGGCUUCAGAAGUAAGAGCCAACCAACUGAAAACCUGAGAUGGAGAUAUGUUCAAAGAACGAGAUACAAUUUUUUCGUUUUCAGUUUAAGUAACUCUCAGCAUUACAAAAGAGUAAGUAUCUCACAAAUAGGAAAUAAAACUAAAACGUAGAUUUAAAAAGAACUGCACGGGCUUUAGGGUAAAUGCUCAUCUUAAACCUCACUAGAGGGAAGUCUUCUCAAGUUUCAAGCAAGACCAUUUACUUAAUGUGAAGUUUUGGAAAGCUAUAAAGGUGUAUGUUUUAGCCAUAUGAUUUUAAUUUUAAUUUUGCUUCUUUUAGGUUCGUUCUUAUUUAAAGCAAUAUGAUUGUGUGACUCCUUGUAGUUACACUCGUGUUUCAAUCAGAUCAGAUUGUUGUAUUUAUUCCACUAUUUUGCAUUUAAAUGAUAACAUAAAAGAUAUAAAAAAUUUAAAACUGCUAUUUUUCUUAUAGAAGAGAAAAUGGGUGUUGGUGAUUGUAUUUUAAUUAUUUAAGCAUCUCUGUUUACCUGCCUAGGAAAACAUUUUAUGGCAGUCUUAUGUGCAAAGAUCGUAAAAGGACAAAAAAUUUAAACUGCUUAUAAUAAUCCAGGAGUUGCAUUAUAGCCAGUAGUAAAAAUAAUAAUAAUAAUAAUAAAACCAUGUCUAUAGCUGUAGAUGGGCUUCACAUCUGUAAAGCAAUCAAUUGUAUAUUUUUGUGAUGUGUACCAUACUGUGUGCUCCAGCAAAUGUCCAUUUGUGUAAAUGUAUUUAUUUUAUAUUGUAUAUAUUGUUAAAUGCAAAAAGGAGAUAUGAUUCUGUAACUCCAAUCAGUUCAGAUGUGUAACUCAAAUUAUUAUGCCUUUCAGGAUGACGGUAGAGCAAUAUUAAACAAGCUUCCACUUUUGA